CCUGUUAGAAGCCACCAGAUCCACCACAAUUGCAAUCUUUGAGGAAAGAAAGAGUCAGAGGAUGAAAUAGCUAUAGCUAAUGUUAAUGUACUUCACUUCACUUUGUUAUAGAACAACUAAAAGUUAAUAAAUCAAACAAACACCCACAACUUCAAAACGCCACAACACAACUAAAGAGAUUCGAAAAUGGCGGAAAUUCAACCGGCGGAGGGGCAGAUAAAUGGCGGCGGAACCCUAAUUUUGAACUCAACUGAACCAAUCGGAACGAAGCGACAGAGAAGACCAAGUGUCCGAUUAGGUGAUAUUGGCGUCGACCCACCUUACGAUUCUCACGCCCGACGCAACAAUAAGAGCUGGAAACUCUCCUUCGAUCAUCAACGCAAGGAAAAAGAUUCAAUUGCUUCAGGUAAACCUUCAAAGAUUCGACCUUUAACUAAUUUGAGUUCGGUCGGUGAAUUCAAUGAAACCCUAGACGGUGAAGGGAAUAUUGAUAGUACUGUUGCAAUUGGUGGCUGGAAGGUUAAAGAAUCAAAGAAGAGAGGUUCUGUUGCUACUAAGAGAGUUAGAUCGAAUUGGGUUUCUAGAAUUGAUGAAACCGGUGGUGGUGUUGUUGAGGAAAAAUAUAGUGGUGCUGAAGAUGUGGAUGAUGGGUAUAGAGAAUUUGAUGUGGAAAAUUCGGAAAGUCCUUUGAAAGAACAAAGUCCUAUUCAUUCAAUGGAGAACUUAGGGAUUGAUGGGCAUAGAAGGAGUUUUAAGAGUAGGGAUCAUAAUGAUGGGAUUGAGUUAUCUGGGCCAUCUGAAAAUGGUGAUAGGAAUGACAAUGUUGGGAGGAUUAGGUUUGGUGAAGAUGGGAUUAGGAUUUGGCUUAAUGGGUUGGGAUUAGGUCGUUAUGCGCCCGUGUUUGAAGUGCAUGAAGUUGAUGAUGAAGUUUUGCCGAUGUUGACGCUAGAGGAUCUCAAAGAUAUGGGAAUUAAUGCUGUUGGAUCGAGAAGAAAACUGUACUGCGCUAUUCAGAAGCUUGGUAAGGGCUUCUCUUGAGUACUUAGAUUUACUUGUUUUUUGUUUUUUAGUACUAGCAGGGAAGGAAAGGAUUCUCGGCCAUAGCAAAAUUCAGAUGCAUGUCUGAACUGAGUUUUAAUAUGUUCUCCCAUGACUUUUUUUUAGACUUGGAAUCGUUAGGUUCUCAUUUGAGAAAUGUCCUUUUUAAAACCCAAUGCAAGUACAUAUAACUGCAAGUUUUGUUCGAGCAAUUUGUUGUUUUUUCAUUUCAUGAAGUAAUUCUAGUUGUAUUGUUGUUGUCAUUUGAUAACUCAGAAAGAUUAAUACGAGGUUAAAAAAUAAGCACAUUGUAGCACUCUUUCUUAGAAGGAAAGGGAAUUUAUGCCGCAUUGUGCUAUCCAUCGGAAUACCAAGGAUACAAUUGUCAGUCUUGCAUUUUUGUUAUGUAGACCUUGUUUACAACAAAAGUUGUGUUGGCUAAAUCAUUCAAUAUUUGAUGCAUCACCAGGUCAUAUUCAUAUACAAACAUCCUUGUGCCAUGUAAUUAAUUUACAUUUAAAGUGAUAUAUAUUGUCGAUUU